UUUGCUUCUCAUAACCUACACUGUCCUGUCCCCCCUUCUCCAUCUCGAUCGAGACAAGAAAGAAGAAGAAAAGGAAGCCUGAGCAGUCUCCCCUCACCAUCCCAGCAUGCCCGAAAUCAUCCUCUCCGUCAACGCCGGCUCCUCGAGCGUCAAAAUCUCCGUCUACGAAACCAACUCGUCCGCCACCACGCCCGUGCAGCUCGCCGAAGCCGUCGUCGAAGGCCUCACAGCCCCGCCCGCGAGACUAAACUACUCGCGCGGAGACCACAGAACCAAAGGGCAAGAACUGGAACACGUGUCGACACAGCAGGAAGCAUUCAGACAUAUACUCGACCAUCUGGCACGUGACGAGGGCCUGCCGCAAUUGAGGAAGAAGGAGGAUAUCCAUUUCACUUGCCACCGGGUAGUCCACGGAGGGGAUUUCCCACACAGCCAGGUCAUUGACGACGACACGUACCAUCGGAUUGCCGAGCUGAGCGACUUGGCCCCUCUACACAACGCCCCGGCCCUCUCCAUCAUCGAAGCGACCUCCAAACUCCUCCCCACAGCCAUCAACAUCGCCUUCUUCGACAGCUCCUUCCACCACACGCUCCCCGCGCACAUCUCCACCUACCCGAUCGACCAGACCGUCGCGCGCAGGAAUAAACUCCGCAAGUACGGUUUCCACGGGAUAUCGUACCAGUUCAUUACGUCGGCCGUCGCGCACCAUCUCAAGAAACCUACGGACGAGCUGAACAUUAUUGCCCUGCAUCUCGGCAGUGGCGCUUCGGCGUGCUGCAUCAGGAAGGGCGCUUCGUACGACACGAGCAUGGGAUUGACGCCUUUGGCGGGACUACCAGGCGCGACGCGCAGCGGGAGUAUCGAUCCGAGUCUCAUGUUCCACUUCACGCACAGCGCUGGCAGCCUGUCGCACGAGAGCACCGCCACCAUGCACAUCACGCAGGCGGAGGAGAUUCUGAAUAAGCGGUCCGGGUGGAAGUCGUUGACGGGGACGACGGAUUUCGGGAAGAUUAGCGCGGGGGAGAGGGACGAGGAUCGACUGGCUUUCGAUAUCUUUGUGGAUCGGAUUCAGAAUUACGUGGCCCCGUAUUUUACGAAGCUGGAUGGCAAGGUGGAUGCUCUGGUUUUUGCGGGAGGCAUUGGAGAGAAGGGGGCGAAGUUGAGGGCGGCUGUGGUGCAAGGAGUGAAGUGCUUGGGCUUUGAGCUGGAUGAACAGAAGAAUGAGGAGCCUGGAGAGGACGUCGUGGUGGAUAUUAGCAAGGAUGGGGCGAGGUAUAAGACACUGAUCUGCCGGACGGACGAACAGUUGCAGAUGGCGAGACGAGUGUUGGAAGAACCGGAGAGGUUUGAGAGAGGACGGCGUGAGAAGGCGAAGUAAUUGGGGGACUCAAUGGGUCCAAAGGCUCAUGAAUUUUCUGAUUCGCCGUGAAGCUGGUUACUUUGGCACCUUCAAGCAUCAAAGAAAGGCGCAUCCCGUCGACACAGUUGCGUUGCAUGUGAUUCCUGGGCACCUGCAUAUCCCUCCCUGGUUGUCCAGAACCCGGGAUCGCAAACC